CUGUUAGGCCGCGCUGCCUCCUGUCGCCGUGGUGGCCCAGCGCGGCCUCCCUUCGCUUCCGCAGCCAUGAUGAUGAUGGCGCUGAGCAAAACCUUUGGGCAGAAGCCCGUCAAGUUCCAGCUGGAGGAGGACGGCGAGUUCUACAUGAUCGGCUCCGAGGUGGGCAAUUACCUGCGCAUGUUCCGCGGCUCGCUGUACAAGCGCUACCCUUCGCUCUGGAGGCGCCUGGCCACAGUGGAGGAGCGCAAGAAGAUCGUCGCCUCUUCCCACGAGUCUCAACGGAGCCACAGCCCCAGGAGAUAUCAUGGUUAUACUACACUAGCUACUAGUGUGACUCUCUUGAAAGCCUCUGAAGUAGAAGAGAUCUUGGAUGGAAAUGAUGAGAAAUACAAAGCAGUCUCUAUCAGCACUGAGCCUCCAACCUACCUUAGAGAGCAAAAGGCAAAACGGAACAGCCAGUGGGUUCCAACCCUCCCAAACAGUUCCCAUCAUCUUGAUGCUGUGCCAUGUUCAACAACCAUUAACAGAAAUCGGAUGGGCAGGGAUAAGAAGAGAACUUUUCCACUCUGCUUUGAUGACCAUGACCCAGCUGUGAUCCAUGAGAAUGCCUCACAGCCAGAGGUGCUGGUUCCAAUCCGACUGGACAUGGAAAUUGAUGGACAGAAGCUGAGAGAUGCCUUUACGUGGAAUAUGAAUGAAAAACUGAUGACUCCAGAAAUGUUUUCAGAAAUUCUCUGUGAUGACCUGGAUUUGAAUCCCCUGACUUUUGUGCCUGCUAUUGCAUCAGCGAUACGACAGCAAAUUGAAUCUUAUCCUACAGACAGUAUCCUAGAGGACCAGUCGGAUCAGCGUGUCAUUAUUAAGCUCAACAUCCAUGUGGGUAAUAUCUCCCUGGUGGACCAGUUUGAGUGGGACAUGUCUGAAAAGGAGAAUUCCCCGGAGAAGUUUGCACUGAAGCUGUGUUCAGAGCUUGGUUUGGGCGGUGAAUUUGUCACCACCAUUGCUUACAGCAUCCGAGGGCAGCUGAGCUGGCAUCAGAAGACAUAUGCAUUCAGUGAGAAUCCUCUGCCAACAGUAGAGAUUGCUAUUCGUAACACUGGGGAUGCUGACCAGUGGUGCCCUCUGCUUGAAACACUGACAGAUGCAGAGAUGGAGAAGAAGAUCCGAGACCAAGACAGAAACACCAGGCGCAUGAGGCGUUUGGCCAACACAGCCCCAGCCUGGUAACCUUCCUGAAGUGUCAAGGAUGUUCAGUCUCCGGAUUGUUUCCUGGAAGGACUGAGCAAGGUGCAAGCAUUUUUCUUGCUCUGCUUUUCUGAUCCUGCAGAUCAAAGGGCUGAUGACAUCCACUUCCACCUUUUGGCUACCUGUUGAACAAGUAGUAAAAACCUGUGGCAGCUGCCUGAGCCCUUAACACUCCCCCACAACUACUUUUUAAAUAAAAGGAACAAAUAAUA